AUGUGUUAUAGAAUGGGCCUAUGCAAAUGUCCCAAGAAAAAAGUUACCAAUCUUUUUUGUUUCGAACAUUGUGUCAACGUCUGUGAACACUGCCUUGUCGAAAGUCAUCCGAAGUGUGUUGUUCAAAGCUAUCUGUCAUGGUUGGCCGACAGUGACUACGAUCCAAACUGUUCCUUUUGUAAAGUUCCACUAGUUGAAAAUUUAUUUCACUGGCAUUGUUUUAAUGCAUGGGCUUUAAGUCUUCCACCAAACACUGCUCCUGCAGGAUACAGGUGUCCUUUGUGUAACGAGGCCGUUUUUCCGCCUCCAAACCAAACUUCUCCGACUGUAGACAAAUUAAGAGAUAUUCUGAAAGAAGCAAGCUGGGCACGAGUUGGACUGGGAUUUCCUUUGUUGAACAGAGAGAUUGUACAUGGGUAUAUGUAUUGUCACUUUCAGCUGCCAGGUUCAGAAGGCGACGCAGCGGUUAAGAAUUCUCAGGCUCCUAACCCUGCCGUUCCUAAUUCGUUGGAGCCUGUAAUUCAUAUGUCUGAAAAUGCACCCUCUAGUUUUAGAGACAGCACAUCACCCACAGUUUUGGAAUUCGAUGACGUCCAAACUCAACGUGUUCGAAAACCUCUUGAGAGUGAUGGUGUGACGAAUAUGAUUAGAGGUGGAUCAAAAACACCAUUAUUGGCUUCAUCUACUGUUCGAGAUGAAGAUCUUCCUGAAAAUAAGUAUAAAAGGCGUUCUGCUAAGGAGUGGUUAGGAAGAUGGAUGAGAUCGAGAUAUGGAACUCAGGGACGGUCUAUAUUAGAUUCCGGUUCUCGGUGCAAACGAGCUGCAUUUACCAUACUUUUGGGUCUAAUUAUACUGGUUACAGUAUUCAGUAUACUUGUGAGACUCAUUGGAGUGCCUGCCGAUGACGAUCCAGCUUUUGAUCCUCUUGCUAAUCCUAAUGUCAGAGUUGCACCUGUACAUGAGGAUAUACAAUAA